GUUGUGUAAACGUUGAUAUCUUGACUUAUUUGUCCACUUAAUUUUAAACACGUCAGUUAUAUGCCAGUGAUAGCGUUAUCGGUGUCCGUUUGUAACUAUUAUGUGACAUGUGAAAGAAACAUCAUUUAAUUGAUAUAAUAUAAUAAUAUCUUUUAAAAUUUUGUAUUAAUCUAUUCACAAGUGUGACUGACAUAUUUUGUUUAAAAUGGCCAACAACAAAAAUGAAGAUCAAAAUGAAGAGAGUUUGAGAGAAGAUAAAGAUGAAUCAAAAACGAAUUUAGAGAAUGCAAAACGUUCUGAAUACUUUACGAAAUUGGAAAGAUGGUUAUAUGAAACUUAUGUAUGGCAAAGCGCUGCUAUUAUGUUUCCAUAUUACUUGAUGUCCAAUCAAGUAUUAAAUCCUUUAUCAGGUGGUACGUCACUUGGCUCUUCAGUUACAUUAAUGACAGAUGCACAAAGAGUUCCCACGACUUCUUCACGGCAAGAAAACAAUCUUCAAAGACAAACAGGACAACAAGAAUCAACACCAUUGUUUCAACCAUUUGAAGGUUAUGAAUUUCGUAUACCACCAGUAUGGAAACGAAUGAGCGCAGAAUUUAUAGAUUCUACAAUAUUAUUUCUUUUGAGAAUUUCUCUUUCUUUUGCCCUCAUGGAUUUUUUUGAUUAUAUAGGUUUAGAAGAAUCCAAAAUAUUACAAUUGAAUCUACCUAUUGAUUAUAAAAUGUCUAUGGAAAUAACAUAUGGAGCUAUAUUACUGGAACUAAUAAAUCGUAUAGUAAUAUGUAGUUUUGAAGCUUUUUGGAUUCAACGUGGAAUGAAUGGUCGUGUAGGAGGUACUACUCCAGGAAAAUCUAUAAUGGGGUUACGAGUCGUUCGGUGUCGAAGUGUGCUAUCGUUGGAACGAGCAGACAAUCCGGAGGUGGUAUACAUUUACCCAGCAACUAAUUUAGGUUUUCCAUUGGCAUUUCUCCGAUCUCUAAUAAAAACUGUAGUAUUAUCUUCUGUUUUUCCUAUUUGUUUUGGAGUAUUUUUCUUUAGAUUUAACAGAACGGGUUAUGACUUAAUUUGCAGUUCUGUCGUAAUAGAGGAUCCUUACAGAAAUGUAAGAAAUAAUAAUAAUAAUAAUAAUAAUAUUAAUAAUAAUAAUAAUAUUAAUAAUAAUAAUAGAAAUCGUUAAUAGAUUUUAAUUCCUAAAGAAACAUUAUAUAUAUAGAAUGAGUCAACUAAAUUUUGUAUCUGAAAAUGUUUUUCUUUCUUUCUCUUUCUCUCUCUUUCUCUAUCUCUCUCUUUUUUUAAAUACAAUCUAAAAAAACUAUUAAGUGAUACAAGAAAGAAAAUGCUCUUUCUAAAUAAAAUUAUGAAGUUUUUCUAUCAUUAUAUUCGCUAUUUUGUGUAUGUUAAGAAUUAUUAAAAAAUAAAAAAAGAGAGAGAGAAAUAUAUUUCAAGUAUAAACAUUAGAUUGACUGACCCUGUAUUCAAAGGACGCAUGAGGCUGUAUGGAUUAAUUAACAUAUAAUUGCAGUAAUAUAUAUAUAUAUAUAUAUAUAUAUAUAUAUAUAUGUUAGGUAAAAAUAAUUUUUGUAAAGGUAAAUAUAUGUCUAAAUACAAACAUGUGUAUCCUAUAACAUAUUGCACAUGCAAAUAAAAUUAUAUAGGUAUUGCCUGCAGGAAUUUUUUACUUUUGGGCGCUUCCGUAAAUUAUUAGAUUUAGAUUCGCGACUGAAUUGUAACGUGUUUAUCGCUAUAUAGUAGUUUAAAUGUAAUUUAAUUAAACUCUAUAUUAUAAAACAUUAGAAAACACUGAUAAAAUAAAACAUUUAUUCGAAUAA